GACGCCCUCAGCAGAUCUUCCAAUUCCAAAUUGAACCCUUCGUCACCGAUUCUGCCGCAGCCUUUUCCCAGGUUUUAUUCUAAGAUUUUAUGGUGGGUAUCGGUCUGAUAAGAAUUAGGAUUCCGAUUUGGUUGUUCUUUUCUCUGCCUUUGGACGAAUGGAUGCAGGAAGUAUAAUUUUUGGCUCCAACUCCUCGUUCAUAGCUUCUCCCGCCAGUGAGCCCAUGAUGGAGAUGGAGCCGUAGUCGGAGCCGGAGCCUGGGAUUUCAAGCGGUGGGAAGAUGAAAACUUAAAGUUGUCGCGUGGCAAUAGGUUAGAUGCAUAAGAGGAGGAGGCCUAGUCAGUGGCAUCAAUGGUUUUUUUUUUUUAUGUCUAUCCACUAGCCAAAAAGUAGCAGUGAUGGGCUUGGAUGAGCGUCGUUUUGCUUAUUCCACAAACAGAGGAGCUGGCUUCAUUUUUGCUUUUCCAGCUGCUAAUGCGGUGUCACUCGUGGCACUUGGGCCACUCUCAUGGGCCUAUUGGGUCGGGACUAUUUUUGUGUUCAAUGUUUUGCAGGUAGCUUGCACUUCAGGUCGGUGUUGCGGGGCCUAGCUUUUAGCACGAGUAGCAGACUCCGAUCCUAGGUGGAGGCACGAAGAGCUUUAAGGCGCAGUGGUGUAGCGGCGGAAACUUAUAUUAUUUUUUAGGGUUUAGUGUUUUUGUCACUCUAUUCUUAGGAACUAACAGAGCUGCACAUUUAGUGGCAUAAAGAGCUCUUUCAUCGACAGAUCGGUUAGUAUUGACUGCCGUUAUUUUUACCUAUUGUAAACAUAUCUGUCUACUAUUUCAUCUCACUAUAAUAAAAAAAUAAUUUCACAUCCCGUCUCGCCUCCCCUUCCCUUCCCCUUCCCCUUCCAUCCCCUUCGUUUAUCCGCCGCUCGUGAGAGAGCUCUUUGGAAAGUUCAUUCUCUCACCACCUCCUGGCCCAUGCCAUGUUGCUUCUCUCUCCUCGGCAGGUAAAUCGGCCUCGAGAGCAAGUCUGUUCCCACAACAGUGACCAAAAGAAAAACGAGUUCCGGCGUAAUUAAUUAACAACUUUGGAGCGGUCUGCAAACUCUUUCCCGCACAACUAUAGGUGUCAAAACAUAGCCCGACUCGAUUAACCCGCCUGAUCAAUAAGACCCGCAACCCGACCGCACCCCAAAUUGACUAAAAGUCAACAACCCAUAACUCGCCCGACCCGCAACCCGAUUGACCCGCAACCCAACUAACCCGCAACCCGAAUGACCCGCAGCCCAAUUAACCCGAACUCGAUUGACCCGCAACCCGACUGUCCCGCAACUCGAUUAACCCGAACCCGAUUGACCCGAACCCGACUAACCCGUAACCCGACCGACUCACUCAACCCAAAUUUCAUCUAAUCCACUUGAAUAAUUAUAAAAAUAUACAAUACAUAGUUUUCCAAAAUAAAGUUUUUUUUUCUUCGUUGAAUCAGCCUCUUUAUUAUUAAAGAAAAGGAACCAAUACAACGAGGAGAGUCAUGAAGACUCCAUAAAGGAAAAUAAAACUGCUACCUCUUCUAACCCUCUCCACUCGUAUAGCCCACUUACUUACAGUAAAGAAAAUCAAACUAAGAAAAAAAGACUAGAUAUACCCCAACUCUCCCAACUCAGCCUUUGAUUCUGUGUGAUUAGUAACUAUGAAAUUUAAUUCCUCCCUCAGCGGUGCAGCAAGCUUCGCAGGAGGUUUGCAUACCGACCCAUGAACCACAGCACAUCUUUCCUUCCACACAAAAGACACAAUAAAACACCAGAUCAUAGCAUGCCAACGUCCCUUCGAAUCCCUGUUUACUUUAGUCAUCAUACCACUCAGCAUUUCAUCCCAAGUACCAUAGUGAAAUAGAGUGGAACUGAAAGCAGAGGAGACCUGUUGUAAAUACAAGCACUGUAAAAACAAAUGCUCUCUUGAUUCUUCAUCCCCUCCACAUAACAAGCAAGAAGCAUCAGUUAUCUUCCCCCAUCUCAACAACUUGUCACGAGUAGUAAUAGAAUUUCUAAUUAUAAGCCAUGUCAAGAAACUGUACCUCAAUGGACAGGGCUUACACCACACCAACUUAUACCAAGGUACCUCAACCUACCUGAUUCUUAUUGUCUCCCAAACCUGAUUCACUGAGUAUUUCGUCAUCAGCUUUGUCCUCCAGUAAAUUAUUGCAUCUGUGUAACCAGCCUUGUAUCAAAGAUCUUAACUUCAACAAUCUUCUCCACGUCCAGGAACUGUUGUAGGAAAUCUUCAUUGUCCAUAGAUCCCCCUGCCUACAUUUAUAUGCAUGCAUCCAAGCUACCCAUAGAGUUCCAUAAUUCAACAGAAAUAACCAAAGCAAUCUAACAGUGCAAGCCUGAUUCCUACUCACUAAAUCUUUUACCCCCAAUUCCCCCUCUUUUUUAGGAAGAGCAAUGAACUUCCAUGCUACUUUAGCUCUGCCCUCAUCAAUCCCAUGCCAAAGGAAUUGUGAACAUACCUGCUGGAUUCGUUUGAAAACUUUUUUAGGCAGUACAAAUAAUUGCAUCUAGUAAUUGACAAUGCCUAACAACACAGUGUUAAGUAAUUGCAAUCUACCCGCAUAUGUUAACUUCUUUACCCUCCAGGAUUUCAUCUUCUUUGUCAGUUUAUCCACUAAAGUAUCAAUUUCCUUGGAUGAAAGUUUACCAGUUAUCAAUGGUAAUCCCAGAUACCUUACAGGAAGCUGUCCCUCCUGGAAACCAGAAAGAUUCAAUGCAUUCCUCUUGUAAAUCACUGAUUCCCCACCAAAAUACACCUCACACUUUGCUGGAUUGCUAUUCAGACCAGAUAUCUGAUAAAAAUGUUGCAAGACUGCUUUAACUUGCAAAAUAGCCUGUGCAGAACCAACUGUGAAAACCAAAAUAUCAUCUGCAAAACAGACAUGGUUUAGCAACACCCUCCUACACUGUGGAUGAAAGGGAAUUGCCCCUGUUUGUCCAGCCUUCUUUAACAGUGAAGUGAGCCCUUCCAUGGCUAUAGUAAACAGGUAAGGUGAUAAUGGAUCACCUUGCCUGACCCCCUUCCUUGCUCUAAAAAAGCCACAAAGACUACCAUUUACAUUUAUACUGUAAUGGGCUGUUUGAAGACAACUUUUAAUCCAUUUCAUAAACUGAUCCGGAAACCCAUAGAAUCCAUCAUAAGGAAAAGAUAUGACCAAUUAACCGAGUCAAAUGCUUUCAUAAUGUCAACUUUAAUAGCACAUCUUGAAGAUAGAUCUUUCCUAUGAUAUCCACUAACCAGUUCUUGUGCCAACAGAAUAUUAUCCAUUAUAUUCCUUCCUUUUAUGAAUGCAGAUUGAGUACCACUUAUGACUUUUGGUAAUACUUCUCUAAUCCUCUUAGCAAGUAUUUUGGCCACAACCUUAUACAAUAUAUUCACACAAGAUAUUGGCCUAAAGUUCUUUAAAGUGUCAGCAUUUUGUACCUUGGGGAGUAAGGAGACAGCAGUGGAAUUCACACCACUAGGCAUGGCACCUGUUUGAAAGAAAUGCAGCACCCCUCUUGUUACAUCAGCACCUAUGAUAUGCCAAGUUCUCCUGUAAAAGCCAGCAGAAAACCCAUAUGGCCCUGGAGCCUUUUAUGGACUCAUAGCAAAUACAGCUUCCCUCACUUCUUCAGGUGUAAUAGAACGAUUUAAAAACAAGCAAUCUGCCCUAGGGAUGGCAAUUUACCCACCCAUGGGUAUUUUUGCCCAAACCCAAUUAUACCCAUUUAUAUGGGUUGGGUAUGGAUUUAUUCUAUAUGGAUUUGGAUAGUGUUUGGGUAGGUGGAGUUGGGUUUGGAUUUUAUUUUUGGGUAUGGAUUGGGCUUGGGUACCCAUUUCUUUGGACAUGUCUGUAAAUAUUUUAUUUAUUAGGUAUUAAAAUGUAAAGCACAAUUUUUAAUGUAUUAAAAUAUAACUUUCCACACAUGAUGAUGGACCUAUCUGUAUCUUCUUACAAAAUUCAGGUACUAAAAUGUAACUUAUGCUACAGUGACCAGCAUGUUCCAGCUCUUCGUCGGUUGCUUCGACGGUGCCGAACACCGGUGCCUCCUCUUCCGACCGACAGGCGAGGAUGAUGACGCCGAACGUCGGUGCUCUCCGGAAAAAGCUGGUGGGUGGUGGGGAUGUUACCCGGCGGCGAGGCUCCGGCGGGGAUGCUAUCGGGGAAGAGUCAAAAUCGUCCCGUCAUCGUCCUUCGGCCGGUCAAUCGAUCUGGGUUCUAGGAUCUUAGCAUCGAUCUGGGAAUUGGGAUCUACGAUGAUUUCCACCCGAUUAGAAGAAGAGAAUACCUUCUUGUUCUCGGCGAUGACGCCCUAGUGCAGAACUGGGUGAGUGAAAUGGCGGCUUACCUUCAAUCAUUAGAAAAAAAACAAAACUCAACUCCUUCUCAGUGAAAACAGACAUCAAAUGAACGAUCCCCAUUCAAAAUGAAAUGGACCAAAUGACUCCGAAAAAGUCCCCGAUUCUCCCAAAACUAAAGAACCCAGUAUUCUUCGAUCAAAACCACAAAACCCACUGACCAGAACGAAAUUUUAGCACAGAUUCGACCCAAUCGAGAAGAGCAAAGCUUCAACUAACCCAAUUGGCAACGACCCUUCAAUCAAACAGAACGAAACAAAUGGAGAAGAAAGUAAGACCUGGGUACUGCACCUAGAACAGUAAAGGUCGAGAAUUUUUAUGCACAAGUCGGAGUUUGCUUAGUGGCGCGAGCUGGAGCUGGGUUGAAGCCAAGUGUGAUUUUGCUGUCUGCUGUCUUUCCCCCACAUAUGGCUGCCACGAUUGGUGAUGGCAGAGUUUGGAAAGUCCUCAAAGCUUCCAGGCUACAGCUUGGCCAUGAGGGAUGGCUACUUCAAAAAGAUUUACGAUUCAAGUAGUCCUCCAAUACAUAUGUGAGCUUGAGGUUUGAUAGCGAGAGAUAGAAUAAGAGACUGUGCUUUUGGUUUCUUCCGUCUGUGAUUUCUGUAUUCAGAGAGCAAGUGAUCAAGUUGAUCAACAUCGCAGGCUAAGAAGUUUUUGCAGGAACAUAUACACUUCAGAUACAAACCUGCACCAUGGAUAUAUACAUUCAUCCAUAAGAAAUUCAACAUGAAGAU